AUGUUGAUUGUAGUAGGAUUGUUUGUUCUGCUGCUGCCUCGUGUGACAUACCAGAUGAACAUAAAGUGUCGAAUUGUGGAUCACCAUCACAUUUUUCACAUGUACCUUAAGCCAGGGGAUCUUCUUCUUGGUGGCCUUGUUCGUCAUACCUUCUUUGUCUCCAGCCCAAAAUCUUUUGAUAAAUCACCACCUCCAACAUACUCUGAAAAGUACCAGGUUAUGACUCAGAACUACCAGCAUAUUCUGGCCUUGGACUUUGCAAUAAAGAAAAUCAAUGAAGACCCACAGGUCUUACCCAACAUCACUCUUGGAUUCCAUAUCUAUGAUAGCCAUUUCAAUACCAGGUGGGCCUUUCGUUCUGCAAUGCAACUUAUUUCUCCAAAGGAGCAAUUUCUCCCAAAUUACCAUUGUGAUAGUAAAGACAAUCUUCUUGCAAUCAUUGAAGGACUUGGCAUUGAAUCUUCCUCUCAGAUCCCAAAUAUUUUUAGCAUCUACAAAAUUCCUCAGCUCUCCUAUGGCUCUGCUCCAUUGACAAUGAAUCACACCCAAACCACUUACUUCUACCAAAUGGUUCCAAAUGAAGCCCAUCAGUAUAAGGAAAUUCUCAAAUUACUUCUCUAUUUCAGGUGGACCUGGGUUGGAUUUUUCAUUGCAAAUGGAAUAAAUUCUGAAUGGAUAUUUCAAAUUAUGGUUCCAGAAUUUGUUACUUGUGGACUUUGCUUUGCUUUUAUAGAUACAAUCUACAAUAUAGGAAUGAAAAGUGAAUAUGGGAAUAUUAAAAAAUGGAAAUAUAAAUUAUGGAAUAGAAUCAUGACCAGCACAGCUAAUAUAUUUCUCCUCUUUGGUGAUAUUCGCACUCCAGUAUUUUUGGACAUGUUGUUACGUCUAGGAAGGGAUAAUGAAAGAACAAACAAGAUCAAUGGUAAAGUGUGGAUUUUGACUGCUCAGCUAGAACUUAAAUACUAUAGUAAUAAACGGGGUCAAAAAACUGCUGAACUAAUCUAUCAUGGUGCUUUAUCCUUGGCUAUCCAUUCAAGUGAACUACAAGGAUUUAAGGAAUUUAUUUGGGACAGAAAGCCUUCCAAUGUGAAAGAAGAUUUUUUAAUGAGGGACUUUUGGUCUUCUGCUUUUGGCUGCAAUUUCCCCAAUUGGAUUCUGAACCGUAAAUAUCGAAACCUCUGCAGUAGACUGGAGGACUUGGAGAACAUUUCUGAAAACAUUUUAGAGAAAACCAUUACUGGGCAUAGCUACAGCAUCUAUAAUGCUGCCUUUGCUGUGGCUCAUGCUUUGCAUGCCAUGUAUUCCUCCAGAUUCAAGUACAAAAAAAUGAUGGAGAAGAGGAAAUGGACAUCUCUUACUCAGCAAUCAUGGAAGCUCCUCUAUUUCCUGAAACAAGUGUCAUUUAACAAUACCAUGGGGGACAAAGUUUCCUUUGACCAGAAUGGUGUGCUUCUAACAGCAUUUGAUGUUAUAAAUUGGGUUUUGGUUCCAAACAAGUCUUUUGUUGGAAUAAAGGUUGGAAUGAUUAACAUCCAAGAAUCAAGAGAUCCAAAACUGACUAUGAAUGAAAAUCUUAUUGUCUGGAACACUUGGUUUAAUCACGUGCAACCUUUCUCGGUUUGUAAUGAAAAGUGCCAACCUGGUUACAGAAAACAAAAGAAAGAAGGGGAGCCAUUUUGCUGCUAUGAUUGCAUUCCUUGUCCAGAAGGCAAGAUUUCUGAAUGGGCAGAUAUGCCUGACUGUGUUGAAUGCAAAGAAGGCCAUUAUCCAAACAAGCAGCAUAAUAUCUGCGUUCCUAAAAUUGUAACAUUUUUAUCCUAUAAUGAAACUAUAGGAAUGGGUUUAGCCAUCGGUGCACUUUUCCUUUCACUGAUAACAGUUGCUUUAUUAAGAACAUUUAUAAUGCAUCACAACACUCCCAUUGUGAAAGCCAAUAACCGAGACCUCACUUACACCCUUCUCAUCUCUCUUCUGCUCUGCUUCCUUUCUACACUGCUUUUUAUUGGGCAGCCUCAAAAGAUCACAUGUGUCCUGCAACAAUCUGUUUUUGGCAUAGUCUUCUCAAUAGCUAUUUCUUCAGUAUUAGCCAAAACUAUCACUGUGGUUCUGGCAUUCAUGGCCACCCAACCAGGAACAAAGAGGACUAGAAGGAUGGGGAAAGGAUUGGCCAAUUCCAUUGUUAUUUGUUGUUCUCUUAUUCAAGUAGGCAUUUGUACUGUGUGGCUGUCAACCAGUCCCCCAUUCCCGGAUGCUGAUAUGCACUCAGGAAUGGGUGAAACUACCUUGCAGUGUAAUGAGGCAUCUCCUGCCAUGUUUUACAGUGUGAUUGGGUACAUAGGCUUUUUAGCCACUGCCAGCUUUAUUGUGGCUUACUUUGCCAGGAAUUUACCUGACAGUUUCAACGAAGCCAAAUCUAUUACAUUCAGCAUGCUAGUGUUCUGCAGUGUGUGGUUGUCAUUUGUUCCAAGUUACCUGAGCACUAAAGGAAAAUACAUGGUUGCUGUGGAGAUUUUCUCUAUUUUAGCUUCUGGUGCUGGAUUGCUGAGUUUUAUAUUUUUCCCCAAAUGGUACAUCAUUGUUGUGAGGCCUGAACUGAACAACCGGGAUCAGCUUAAGUGGAGAAAGCAUUGA